GAUUUGCUUCCGAGUGCAUAGCCCGUUCUACAUAAGUUACUGAUUUGUUCCAAGCAACACUUCUCUAUUCAUUCCUGUAAGCGUGUCCGUACGCAAAGAGCCACAAAUCAGAAAUCAGAAAGAUUGAUCAACAUCCCCAUCACUCACUUUUGCAUUAGCUCGAACACCCGAAAUGAUGAGACCGACACAAAUCUUGCAAAGUGGAAUGCCAACAGGGCAUAAAUAUUACGGAUGGUGGGGAACAAUGGGUGGACCAAAACAAAAAGGUAUUUCUCAAUAUACUACUUCGCCUUUUCAACAAAAUCCAAUGAGAGGCGCUUUGCAAAAUUAUAUCUUUUUUGGUUACAAAAGAAUCUUGCAACAAGCACCAUAUUUUGCAAUCCCUUUCGCUUUAGGCUAUGGGAUUUACUCUUGGGGUAGAGCACGCAACGAGUUCCUCAAUUCAAAGGAAGGUCAUCGUUUACACGGAGGCGAGGAAGAAUAAUAUGUACCGAGCAAAAUGUGGUAAAUCGAAUUGAUUCUUCUGACAUGUACUUUCGAAUGUGAGGCAAGACUACUUGUUUACGGAAAAAUUGAAGCUAG